CAAGCAGCCCCCCCUGGUAGAGAGAGAGGGAGGAGGUGGGGAGAGCAGGGGGAACGGUGAGCAUUCAUGCUGUGUUAGCAUCCCCUCAGCAACUCCAUCAAUACUGCAUACAGCUGAGGAGCUGGCAAAGGUCCUCCGUGCUGCAUUUUCAGUCUCGGCCAGCGAAAGAGAGCAACUCCCACGGCGGAGUGUUGCUGCUGGAGGGGGGCUUUCCGAGGGGCAGAGCGCACAAACACACACAGCAACACAGCAAUCACACACACUCUGAGUCUGUGCUGCAUCAGGGGGCAGCAGAGGAGAGCGCAGGAGGGCACCGAGGGACGCACAGGCUGGGAAUACUCCGGAGAAGAGAGCCGAUCCCGGGGAGGGACAGCACCGUCAGGACUCUAAUAUGCUACCGAGCUCCGCAGGGGGAAGCUGAGCUCCGGGGAGUUUGACAGGAUCAGUGCACCUGCUCCAUGCACACUGAUUAUGUGGAGGAGCUGAUGUAUGCGAUGGCCAGCUUGGACCUGCAGGUUCUCAUACCUCCAGUUCUGCGUUACUGUUUCCUACCAACCAAGCGGCCCAGUCCGAGGAUCUGACCGCGCCUCCCCUCCCUCCCUGGGUGUCCCUCAAUCCUGGGCCCACCAUGGGAGGAUGCUUCUCCAAACCCAAACCAGUUGAAGUUAAAGUGGAACUCUCUCUCCUGGAAAAAGAAAAAGAGGUGGAUGGGCUGUCGCCUAAUGGCAAAGCGAGUCCCUUUGCUGACUGCAGACCUAAUGGGGCUCUGGGACACGGCUCUGACGACGACUCCACGCCGCUCCCCCUCUACCACAAACCACGAGACUACGUGGAGGCCUCCGUGUGUCACGUUAAAGAUCUGGAAAACGGACAGAUGCGAGAGGUUGACUUGGGAAGUGGCAGAGCUUUGUUGAUCAAAGAACACGGGGAGUUUUCAGCCAUGGGCCACAAGUGUCCACACUACGGAGCACCUCUGGUCAAAGGUGUGCUGUCUAAAGGACAUGUGCGCUGUCCAUGGCAUGGUGCCUGUUUCAACAUUGCAACAGGAGACAUCGAAGACUUCCCCGGUCUGGACAGCCUGCCUACCUUCCAGGUCAGAGUUGAAAAGGACAAGGUGAUCAUUCGCGCAAACAAGCAGGCUCUUCAGUCACAGAAAAGGUCAAAGCCCAUGGCCCGAUGUUCAGCAGUCAUUAACUCCAGCUCAGGCUUCAGCCAUGUUCUCAUCAUCGGCUCGGGUCCUGCAGGUCUGGUGUGUGCAGAGACUCUGAGACAGGAGGGCUUCACUGACCGCAUCGUCAUGUGCACCAUGGACAGACACCCUCCCUAUGACAGGCCUAAACUGAGUAAGUCCUUAGACAGCACAGCAGAGCAGCUGAGAUUGCGUUCCAUGGAGUUCCUGCAGGACCAUGACAUUGAACUGCUCACUGAGAAAGAGGUGGUGGCGAUAGAUGUGAAAACACGAUCUGUGACUUUUGAAGAUGGCUUGAGGAUGGAGUACAGGAAAAUCUUCAUUGCUACAGGAAGCAAACCAAAACCGAUGAACUACAAGGGCAAAGAUGUCACAAAUGUGUUUAACAUCCGGACGCCUGAGGAUGCAAACAGCAUAGCAAGGCUAGCCAACAACAAGAAUGCUGUGAUCGUGGGAACAUCAUUUGUUGGAAUGGAGGUGGCUGCAGCUCUAACUGACAAGGCCCACUCGGUCUCUGUCAUCGGAAUCGAGUCCGUCCCCUUUAAAAAAGCUCUCGGGGAGAAAGUAGGGAAAGCCAUAAUGAAGCUCUUCGAGGUGAACAGGGUGAAGUUCUACAUGCUGAACGAGGUGUCAGAGAUGAUUGGCCAUCAUGGACAGCUGAAAGAAGUUGUACUGAAGAGUGGAAAAGUCCUGCGGGCAGAUGUGUGUGUCAUUGGAGCAGGAAGCAUUCCUGCAACAAGUUUCCUGAAACAGAGCGGCAUCCACUUGGACUCUAAGGGCUUCAUCACUGUGAACAAGAUGAUGCAGACAAACGUCGAUGGAGUCUUUGCAGGAGGAGAUGUGGUGAUGUUCCCUUUUCCUCCACGCAACAAUAAGAAGGUCAACAUCCCUCAUUGGCAGAUGGCUCAUGUACAUGGGAGGGUGGCAGCUCUCAGCAUGAUGGGCAGAGCCACUGACAUCAAAACUGUGCCUUACUUCUGGUCAGCCAUGUUUGGGAAGACCAUACGCUAUGCAGGUUAUGGUGAUGGAUUUGAUGAUGUCAUUAUACAAGGAGACCUGGAUGAACUGCGAUUUGUAGCGUUUUAUACCAGGAGUGAGGAGGUGGUUGCUGUUGCCAGCAUGAACUAUGAUCCUAUUGUAUCCCGAGUGGCAGAGGUCUUAGGAUCCGGAAAGACGAUUAAGAAGCGAGAUGUGGAGAUGUUAGCACGACUUGGCAAGACUGGAGACAUUUCUUGGUUGAUUGACAAAGGCUCUCAAUAACUCCACAACUGAAGGUCCUAAAGGACAAAGUCCACUGGACACCUCAAUACAUACACUUAUGGUGCUGAGACACUGAGCAGCUAACCCAGUCUCUUCACAAAGACACACACACGACUGUGUCUGUCUGAGACACACAUAGCCUAGGACAACACUGCAACUUGCUUUUGUUCCUGAGAGACACUUAAACGUGACCAACGGAGCCAUACACGGUCAGAAGACACUGAAUCACUGUGUUGGCAGGUCUUUUGUUGAUAAUGUUGUCGUGUUUCACAACAAAGCAAUAUUGGAUUCAGCCUCUGCGCUGCUGCAAGAUGUAUCUACCUGUACACUUUUGUUUAUAAGAAGCCAGGGAUGGGCAUUGGCAUUUUUUGUACAAAUAACAUUGUAUAUAGUUAUAAUCCUGAAUGCACUGUAACAAAAUACGAACAAACAAUUUCAGCUGAAUAACAGACUUGGUUGUGUGUUUGCAUACAGACCUUAGAUCUGCAUGGUAUAACUUACUACAAUAGGAGUUUUUAAAAAAUUAAGCCCCAAAACCAGAGAAAUUUCAAUGUAGACGCAUCAACAGACAAAAGCUGAAAUCUGCAACAAAACAAACUGCGUUAUGACUUCAGCAGAACCCUGAAUGCAACUUUAACUGACUCACUAACACACAUGCAGCUUUAAUCUGUGAUUAAUUACAAUUGUUAGAAUUACCUCUUUGUAUCGGUUGCCUUGCUAGUAGAGUGCACAAAUGAAAUUCUUAGCAUACUUUGAUCUCACACUAGUGCUUGCACAAUAGAUUCAUGUAUUUUCUAACAGAGAGAUAUAAACUCCUCUAGACGAAUGCAGUAGAAGCUUAAGGUUAUUUUUGAUAGCCGUCACCUCCAUGGGGACUGAUUAUUUGUUACUAACUCAGGGAACUGAGGUUUGUGGCCUGGGCUCAUUGGUCCUUUUGCAAGCAGAAAUGAAUAUGUUGCUUUAAUAUUUCUCUCCCCGGUUAUUGUAAUUUCACUGGUACUCUCAUUUUCAUUCAGAAAUGCUUGCAAUGUGCUUCGGGGUAUGAUCACAUCCUGUUGGGCUGAAGAUCCCAAAACACUUGAGCCCUGUCACAUAAGUCAACACAGCGAUUUAAAACAGCAUUGUUCUUCCUACAGAGAAGCCUGAAAUGGCAUUUUUAUAACUAAACUUUGAAAUAAAAGUCUUCCAACGGUAA